AUGGCAGAUGAAACUAGAAUUCUCGUGCUUAAUCCGAAUCCGAAUGACUUAGAUAAGACAUUGAUUAAAGCCAAUUCACAAAACAAGAAAUCUGGGCCAUUUUCAGCCACUAUUUUAAUGGGAGAUGUCGUACCAAGUGGUAAGGCACUUCCACAAACGGAGCUUCUAGAAAGCACAUAUUUUGCUCAGGGAUGUAACGGAAUAUCUAACGUGGUAGAGGAAAAGUCCUUACAUCUGACGUCCACGUUAAUUGAUAUUGCUGACAACUUUACCUACGUUAAACCACCAUAUAGUAUUAUCAAGUUGGUUUCAGGGACGACAAUGUUGAUUGUCUCAGGAACGCUUCUGAAAGAAAGCAUUGAUAAAAUUACCCAAAUUAAGACGAGAAUAGAUUUGCUUUUUACAUUCAAGUGGCCCAUGGCGUUGUCUUUCCUAAAAUCAAUUCCCCAAGUUGGAGAUGAAACAAUUGAUAUGCUUGUCAAACUCAUCAAGCCACAAUAUCAUUUCGCUGUAGGAAAAGAUGAAGGGAACGUUUUUUGUGAGAUCCAACCUUUCAAGUGGCGUGGCGGUGAAAUUACCAGGUUCAUAAGUUUGGCACAAGAAGGAAGUGGUGACAAAUGGUUCUAUGCAUUUAAAAUGGGAGGAGAACCAGAUGAUAUGACAAAGUUUAUGGAUAAUCCUUUCCUUACAAAAAAGAGAUACAUGGACAACAGAGAUAAUGGGGUGGAUGUUGUAGUAAAGAAGGCGAAAGUUGUCACACCUGAACAUUGCUUUUUCUGUCUAAGCAAUCCCAAGACGGAAACACACAUGAUUGUAUCAAUUGGGUCACAAGCGUAUCUCACAGUCGCAAAAGGUCCGCUAACUAGAUCCAACAAAGAUCUAUCCUUUUCGGGUCAUGGGAUUAUCAUACCAAUUCAACAUGUCCCCCAUGUCAAUGAUCGAAAUGGUCCAAUAAGGCAAGAGAUUAACCAGUUUCAGCAAACAUUGGUGAAAGCGUUUGCGAGUCAAAAACCGUUUCUCAAGUUGAUCUUUUUUGAGUUGAAUCGACAUGAUAAUGUUCAUCACAAUGUCCAAUUCUUGCCUGUUUAUGAAUCACAACUUGAUAAGUUCCCCAAAUCGUUAGAGUAUAGAACCAAAAUCAAUAAUGAAAAAUUUAAACGGAACCAGAGCCUUGAGUUUGCUGAGUUUACGAAGGAGAAUGAUCCCAGACUUGAGGAUAUUGAAAAGGAGAACGACUAUAUCAAAUUUACAAUUUGCACGAGCGAAUCAGAGUUUAAAUUUUACAUUGCCAAGUUAGUCAAAGGUAAGCCACUCGAUAUCCAGUUUCCUCGUAGGGUACUUGCGCAUAUGCUAAAUCUACUAGAUCGCGUACAGUGGGACAAAUGUCAACAACCAAAAUUCAAGGAAAUGGCUGAUUGCGAGGAGUUUAAACAAUUUUAUAGAAAUUAUGACUUUACUUAG